UUGAAUUGGAGCAAGAAAAGGAUUCAAACUAUGGCAGGCUCUCAUCUGUCUGGACACUUGGAGCUGUCCCUGCCAUGUUUCAACACCGCUCCUUUGUUAAACUCCAAAGCGCCGCAGGUCACCGGGGUCCGAGUGCAGCUGGAGAUGCAAGCACUAUGGCAACAAUUCGAUCAACUCGGCACAGAAAUGAUUGUCACCAAAGCUGGACGGAGGAUGUUUCCCACUUUUCAAGUCCGUAUCUCAGGGAUGGACCCAGUGGCCGAGUAUGUGCUACUCAUGGACUUCAUUCCUGUCGAUGACAAAAGAUACAGAUAUGCGUUCCACAGCUCAUCGUGGCUGGUGGCGGGGCGGGCGGACGCAGUAGCUCCCAGUCGGAUGCACUUCCACCCGGACUCUCCUGCCCGUGGAACUCAGUGGAUGAAACAGACCGUCUCCUUCGACUCACUCAAACUCACCAACAACCUGCUUGACGACAACGGACAUAUGAUCCUAAACUCCAUGCAUCGUUACCAGCCGCGGUUUCAUGUGGUUUAUGUGGAUCCAGCUCCGAACAGCCAUUUAAACGCACACAGAAAUUUCAGCUCUUUCUUCUUCCCUGAGACACGCUUCAUGGCCGUGACAGCCUACCAAAACCACAGGAUCACACAGUUAAAAAUCGCCAGUAACCCUUUUGCCAAAGGCUUCAGGAGCACAGAUGCCCAGGAGUGGUGA